ACUAUAGAAAUUAUAAGGGUCAAAAAUGAAAAAUGAAAUUUGGCCUUUGGAGGGUUAUGUUUUGUUCCUCCACCAUAACCUAACACUCAGUUUCAGGUGAGAAAAACUCAUUCCACUGCAGAACCCAACAGAAACGACAAGUAAAGAAUCGAUCGGGGGAAGUGGGAAAUGGCAAGCGCAGUGGACCCAGCAGGAGAUCCGAUCCCAACAUCGGCGGUUCUGACGGCGGCGGCGAAGCACAUUCAGUACAACUGCCAAGCGGAGAACGUGGCUUUUCUCAAGUGCAAGAAGAAGGACCCGAACCCUGAGAAAUGUCUCGAAAAAGGUCGCCAAGUCACUCGAUGCGUUCUUACCCUGCUGAAAGAUCUUCAUCAGAAGUGCACGAAAGAGAUGGAUGCUUAUGUUGGAUGCAUGUAUUACAAUACAAAUGAAUUCGAGUUAUGUCGCAAAGAGCAAGAGGAAUUCGAGAAAAAAUGCCCAUUGGCUUAAGAACAUGCCUCUUGUCCCGCCAUUACCACAAUAAUAGGGGCAGCGUGCAAUGAGAAAAUAGUAUAAUUUGAAUUUCAAUGGACCUUGUUUAUAGAUCUUGAGCUAUUUUCUUCCUAUUUUCAUGUCGAAUUUUCGCUUGGGUAAGCUCCCUUGAAGGAAAAUAUUUUGCAAUGUUGAAGAGUGAUUGACUAGUGUUGCAGUUGGAAUUGUUGUACCUUACAUCCUAUUGCAAAAGGCCUAAUGGAAAAUGAGUUUUAU